CAACUAGGAUCUUACACAGAAGUCACUCUCCAUGACGGCUAGGAGUCCAAAGCAACAAUGAAGUCUCUCCGAUUCAUUAGUGCUGAAGCAUUUGUGUCAAAUGCAGAGUUUGCCAGGAAGAGUCUCGGCGGUGUUGCCCAUAAUCUUUUUCCUCUUCUUUUUAAAGCCAGCUAUUUAUUGGAGCAAAGGGAAGUGAUUCAUGACUUGGUAGAGAACUGGCCACUUGUUGACUUUAACAUGGGAAAACUUUUGGGAACUACUGUGGACUACCAGGAAGACCUGAGCUGUAGAACAUGCUCAGUGUGCUUGGAAAGCUGUCUGACAGGACUGAGAGACUAUGUGCUGAAUCAUCCUUCUCCCUACGUGAAAAGGUUGAAAGUGGUGGACCUGACAGGUAUAAAAGAUGUUGAAGUUCAGUUUUGUGAGUGUAAGAAGACAAUGGGCAGGUGGGCCAGGACACAGCUGCUCUCUAAGCUUUGUUUAGAACUGCUGGUUUACCUGCAACAAACACAGUGCAAUCCAGGCGCCUUUGAAAUCAGUGUUGAUGUGCUAAUUGACUUGUUUGUUACAGAGCGGAACUAUGAGCUGGUAAUGCAGGCUCUGUUGAAGAAAUGCUAUUGUCCACUGAAGAUCUGCUGUGUGUCAUUCAGAUCUGACAACCUGGCUUUGCAGAAAUUCUUCUAUAUCAUAAAGCUCACUGAUCCCUCUUUGUUGCGCAAACUGGAAAUAGUUCACAAUGUUCGCUUGGAAAUGGAACACUUGGAAAUACUCUUCAACAGUAUCCACUUCCCUCUAUUGAUGUCCUUGACCUUGCCAGCACGAACAUUUAAUGUGCAGAGGUUCACAGCUACAGAUGAACGGGUGCUUACUAACAUUGGAGAAAAGAUGGGUGAAAUGACGCAGCUGACCGAGCUGAGUAUGCCAUUUUCUAUACUCACAGGAAGAAUACAGAAACUGCUCAGCCCACUAAAAACUCCGCUGAAGAUGCUGGAUGUUUCUAACUGCUCAUUGAACCAUGCUGAUAUGGCCUAUUUAGCCAAUAGCUUCCAUGCUAAUCACUUAGAAGCCCUGGACCUGAGUGGUCACAAGAUACUUGACCUUUACCCAUCAAUAUUCUUUAAACUUCUCAGCCAUUCCUCUUCAGUGCUCAGGAGUCUCACCUUGGAGGACUGUAACAUCCAAGACACUCAUGUCAACAUGCUGAUUUUAGGUUUAAGCCCUUGUCAGAAACUACAGGAGUUUAAGUUUCUUGGAAACCCACUGUCAUCCCAAGCACUUAAACACCUUUUCACAUUUCUCUGUGAGUUGCCAAUGUUGAAAAAUGUGGAGUUCCCAGUUCCAAGGGACUGCUACCCUAUUGGCAUCACCUACCCGAUCGAUGAUGCCAGUCUCUGCAGAUUUGAUCAUCAAAAAUACGAAAGUGUAGCAGAGGAUCUUAACCUCAUUUUACUCCAGGCAAAUAGGGAGGAUGUGAAGGCUUCAACUCCACUCUUUGGCAGUUAUGAUGCAGCUGUUCAGGAGACAAAAAAUGAACUGGGAGCUUACUUGAUCAAGUCCUUCAAAGAGACUUUAGAAAAGUUCACUACUUCUCUAAACAAAAUGAGUUAAAGGUGUAACAUAGUGGUGAUGAGAUGCUUUGUCAAAUCAGAAGUUAAUUUAGUCUUCUCUAGAACUGUGCCUUCAUUGAUCAGUCUUGAGUUUUCUUUAAUUUCUUGGCUGAAUUUACUUCUCUUUGAAUAGCCUCUGAUCAUCUGAGGUAUUUUAGCUAUGCUUUAUCUAUUGCAUACACCUUGCAUAAGCACUGCUUGCUCUCAAAAGAGGGGAGGAUUCUUAAUAGCUUAUUAUUUUACACAAAAACACUUUGUUUCUCAGUAAAACAAUAGGUGUCUAAGCUUGGCUGAUUUCUUAUACAGUUUCCUCUGGAUUUGGCAGUGAGGCUUGUAGCCCUACAGAAAAGCCAGGAAAGUCCUUUCCCAAGUCCAGCAGGAUGUCCCAAAGACUGCACCUAUGGCUCCAUAAUCCAACUUUUGUUUUUGCUGUUGGCCUUCCAAAUUCACCAGUCUGUGUUUUAUCCAGUACGUUCCCAAUAGUGGGGGAUGUAUAACAGCCUUCAUGUCCCUGUGCCUCUCUUUCUUCUGCAGAGGCAAGCAUGAUAAACCUCCUUUUGCAUGGGGAAUUACAGAGUUUGUCUAACACAUUGUGCUGGUGAGGAGUAAAGUUCCAUACUGAGGAGCCAGCAAACCAAAUUGUUGGCUGACAGCAGGGGAUUUCCCCCCAUUUCCCCCAGCAAUAUAAAGCAGCCUAUAAGGAUUCUGCUGAAGCUCUUGCAAAGUGUAUUUUACAAAGGCAUACCAGGACCGUGCUGCACAGCCACGCUUGUGGUGUCAGCAGGUAAGUGCCUCAAGCUGCUCCCUUUGUUGAAUCAGCUUCUUGGCUGGUAGAGUGUACCCUGCUGCUUUCAGCUGUUUUAAAGUCUAGGACAGUGGUAAUGCAAAAAAGACUAGUUUCAAAAACACACAUAGAAAAAUGAAUCCAGUGCCAAUUUCAAAAAUGUGGAAAAGGGACAAGGCGGGUUGCUGAGUAACUAGAAGUUCAUCUGCAUAAAAUACUGCCAUCUUCUGCCAGGACUGUGUAUUGUUCUGCUACAGAAUUACAAGCAGUGCCUGGAAGAAUCACAUUUAUUUGGCAAGCUCCAGUGCAAGAAAUGUAUUUGAGUGACAGAGUAAACAGAAUCCUAGACCCCCACACACACUGUGUUGGAACGUGGGUAAAGGGGCCAACAGGGUGUUGGGAUGCAGCAGCAGGGCCACAAAACAAAUCGGGGGAGAGUACUAUAAUGGGGGAGGAAUCCCUGGGUAGUAGGCAAGUGUCAUAGUCUACUCAGCUUCUCACCUGUAAUACUGCGGACAGACCGAAGAGAAAGAUAUUAGCAAAUCUUACCUAUUGUCAGCCAAUUUGAGACCUCUGCUAACAGCCUCUGUCAACUCUACCAGAGCCCAAACUGCUUGAUGUAGGACUAGAGACUUGGGUUAGCUACUAGGUGAUUAAAAAAAAAAAGAUGUUCAGGUUAAUGCCCAGCACUCUGCCAUUAAAUAUACUUGUAACAGUUCAUGAAAACUUGAUUAAAUAGCACUGAAAGUGAAUGUUGUAGCAGGAGUUGAGCUAUCAUUGUAGUAUUAAAGAUCAUUAUUAAGAUAACAAAGGAUAAAAGAUAAUAAAAAGGAUUAUUAAGAUAACAAAGGAUAAAAUUACUUGAAAUAAUACUGGAUCUCAUCAUCUGAGGGUAAGGAAGAAACUUUCUUCAUUUAGGCAGUGCUGGUUUGUGAAGCUUUCUGUUUAUCCACAAUAAGAAUAUGCAAGCAACUACUAACCUAGUUUACAAAAAAAAAAAAAAAAAAAAAAAAAAAUUAAUGGACUGAGUACUAAGCAGAGCUUACAGGUUCCACAGCAUGCAUUUAAAUGUUUUUUUGAUGUCUUCUUAGCUUAUGUUCUUCCUUCUAACAUGUUUUACUGAUUAAACAUAUCAUGGUAAAAUUGAAAGUGAAUGGAUGAGAUCUGUUUAUGUUUACAGAGCGCUAAAAAAAAAAAAUAGAAGUAAUCUAAGUUGCCAAGCCAAGCAGCUGUGAUUUGGAAAAAAGCCAGAAUUGGGUUCCAUAUGGUCUUGCUAAUAUUUGGACAGAGUUCCACAUGCUCCCUUGUCCUCAUCUCUACUCUUUACCGUUCCCUCCCUCUGACCUUGCCGUUCUUUCCAUCCUAGACUUGACCCAUGACUUCUCAGCCAGACGUAAGUGGUUUGAAUUUAGCUAGUCCAAGGAUCUAUCUACUCCUUUGGGAUGAGUAGUGGCACUUCCUGUUGCUGGGAGAGGACAUUCUGUGUACAGUAGCUGCAAACCUAUGUGUAGUGAUUCCUCCACCCUGGCAGCAAGGCUAGCUAACAGGUUGUACCUGGAGGUGAAAGUUGGCCAUUUUGGAAGCAUGUUGUGCUACAACAGCCAGUCCCUGCCUGUUUCAGUACACACAAAAUAGACAGCUCGUUCAUAGAUCAGCUCUUAUUUCACAAUAUUUAGAUGCCUUAUGAAGACUGCUGCCUAUGCAGCUAUCUCUGCUUUCUCCUUGCCUAAAGUCAGUCUUGGUCCACCCCUUUAUUUUAUUUCCUCCUUCUGUUUCCCACAAACUCCUGCCUGUCUUCCAUUUUCAGUUUUACAUAUAUAUGCUAUUUAUGACUCUCUGGGCCAGGAGGAGUAUGUAGAGGCCAUAGUUUUAGUGCCCAGUGAGGAUCAGCCCUAUGUCUAUUUCAAAUAUUCCCUUUGAGCCUGGAGUAUGGAGUGCGUUGCAUUAUAGAAGUGGUGCACAUGCAUCACUUCAUGCAGAAUAGCUGUGAAUGACUGACAAACAGUUGGAGCACAUUGAUCCAUGUGCAGAAAGGAUUUGGAUCCUGUUCCUGGGAAGCCAGCUGCUCUGCAGAAGCAUGCAGACAUUUUCAAAGUUUUGUGAUCUUCUAAAAUGCAUUUUGAUAGGAUUGAGGCAAAAGUUUUAUUGUUUACAGUUGCAUGUUAAAAUUUUAUUUCAUGAAAUACAGUAUUAACUAAAAUGCAUAACAGGUAUAUCAGUACUUUGAAUAGUACUGAAUCCAAAAGGCUGAACUACAUUAAAACACUGCUAGUACAUGACAACAGUAUUUUAUUGACACAAAACUGUAUUUACCUCAGAACUUGCUAGGAGAAAAUGUCAUAUUUUGGGUGAGGAGGGAUUUUUACCCUUUUGGAAUGGAAUCAGGUAUUUUUUCCUCUUUUAAAUCACACAAUUUCCAACUUUAGAGCCAACUUGUUCCAAGUUCUGAAGAACUUCAGACCAGCUCUAUGCAAUUACCUUUGCUGUGGUGACAGGUGCUCCUUUGUGGAAAGCCUGUCCAUAGCUCUCAGAUAUCCUACUUUUGUCUAUUGAGUUUCUUUCUUAAUUAUGGUUGUUACUGUUGGUUUUAAAUACAGGCCAAGCUGUAGCAUUUUGGUGUUGCCCUGCUUACUGCAACAAGGAUGUGUGCCAUCUCUCAGAAGGAUUCCUGCAUCUCUUCUGCCCCAGCAGUGCUGAUUAUGGUUUCAGCCUGCUCUUUCUUCCUUUUUCCAUGUGUGUGGGACUUGGCAUUCUGCUAUUAGAGAAGAAGGACUAAUGCUACAGUUACCUAAGCAUAUAAAGUUACCUUAUACUUUGCAAGUGCAGCCAGAUAUUGAUUUAAUCCUGCCUUGUGUUCCCUGUCUUUCUGAUUUGUAUCAAGCUGGAGCUAUGCAGUUGAUCGAUAGUGCCAGCUAUGGCUAUUUAAAAUCAUGGACCAGAACUCAAAAUGCUGUAAGAUUUUAAAAGCAAAUUUAACUUCAUUUUAUCUUUUAUUUCCAUUCUGUUACUUACAGUUUUAUGUUAUAAGAAAUCUUAAUUUUUGAGAAUUAUCAUUAAACACAAAGUUCAGUAAAGAAAGAGGAUCAAUUCCUUUGAUGCUUUUGUGAAAGCUAAAAUUCUAACACGUUUUCAAAAUUGCCUGUCUUAGGCAACAAAAUAUACAAUGCAGGACAAAAAGUGGACCCGUUGACAAUACUGCCUCACUAAUAUUCCAGUAGUAUUUAUGCUCAAUGAUGCCUUUUCUAAGAUUUCUGAAGUGGCAGCUACCCAUCAGUUUCAAAUGCCU